AUGCGCAAAUGCAUCCAAAGGAGGGCUGUGCUGAGUAGGCUGUGGUCUACAUAAGACCUCCGCCUGCGGGACUGCUCACACCGACAACCGGAGACACAGGCAGCACCCGGAGCCUUUCACCCGCAUUUGACUCGGAGGUUUUCAUGAUAAACAUAAAUCAAGGAUAGUCGGACGGGUACCUUGGGAUCACUCCAGCACCCCCCCACCCCCUGCACCUCCUCCUCAUAUGACUGACCAUCUCUUACCGCGGAUGCAGAGAGCACCUACGACGAUGCGGAGGCUCUGCUGUUAACUCUUCGGACCUUCUGUUUUUGCCGGUUCUUGUGGAAGGAAGGAAAGGAAAGAAGGAAGGAAGGAAGGAGGCACAAUAAAAGGAAAGAUGAAGCUCAAACCGAACCAGACCAGGACAUACGACGGCGAGGGCUUCAAGAAACGGGCGGCGUGUCUGUGCUUUAAGAAUGAGCGUGAAGAAGAGGUUCUGCUGGUCAGCAGCAGUCGACACCCAGACCAGUGGAUUGUCCCUGGAGGAGGGAUGGAGCCAGAAGAGGAGCCAUGUGGGGCUGCAGUACGAGAGGUGUUUGAGGAGGCUGGUGUGAAGGGCAAGUUAGGACGUCUGCUUGGAGUGUUCGAGCAAAAUCAGGAUCGGAAGCACAGGACGUACGUAUAUGUGCUUACUGUCACAGAAACACUGGAGGCCUGGGAAGACUCUGUCAACAUAGGCCGUAAGCGGGAGUGGUUCACCGUAGAAGAUGCCAUCAAAGUGCUGCAGAGCCACAAACCCGUCCAUGCUGAGUAUCUGCGGAGACUCCAGCUCAGCUGCUCCCCCACCAAUGGAAACUCCAUUCUCCCCAGCCCACAAGGAAACGACAACUACCACCACAGUGCUACCACCACACCGUCGACUGGCAGCGUGUUGGGGUCCUCCUGCAGAUAGGACUGCACCUAAACCCCCUGGUGUGUCCAGAUGGGCACACAUCUGUACAGUCUUGCAUGAAUCUAUGACUCUUCAGAGUUGCGGCUCUCAUGUAUGUAAAAUUUUUAGUCUUAGCUGCAGGACAGACCAAAGCCAUUGCCCCAGCGGUGUUAGAAACUGUAACUGACCAGGAGACGCUCAUGGGUAAAUCUCACAUUUCUGAUAAACUGAGGAUGUGGAAAACUCUUGAACUCUGGCGUAGUAGUUUCGCCAGUUGUUUUGCUGGAAAACACCAGACUGAUGAGCUUGAGAAGACGAAGCUGCUGAUGAGAAUGACACUUGUGAGACCUGGAGAAGGCAUGCCUUAAGGAAAAUAUUGUAUGAAUGUUGUAUUUAGUUCAUUUUAUUUCAGUAAAGGUUAUUUUUACUUAUAGUGGGAUCGACUAUGAUGUCUUGUUGAUAAAAGGGUCACUGACCCCAGAAUGUUUCAAGACUUGAUCUAAUCUCACAAUAAUGACACAUCCAUCUACCAACAAUAAUGCGGCAUUAAUCUGUUUUAACAAUCUUUUUUUAAUUAGUUUUUUCACUUUAUGGGAAGUCGAGUUGAAGUCCACCCCCAAAUAUAAAUAUUAAACAAGUUAUGGUGGCAAUACAGUUAAAAAACAGCUGCCAUUCAUUACUUCAUUACAUUAUCCAAAUUAUGUCCAAAUAACAGUUGACAGUAUUUUCAACAAAUGAACAGAACAAACUGAAAUAAAAGCUGCCAUGGUAGAAAUGGCAUUUGGCUUAUCACACAGGACACUGCACUAUGUGGAUGAGUUGCUACCUCAGUAACCUGGAAACUGGAUUUGAGUCAUGAUGCUGUUCAGUGUCUUUUGACAGAAAUGUCGGCCGAUGCCUCUGAAUUUCGAUUCAACUAACCUUGACAUAUCCAACAAACUGGUUUGUUAUCCAUUUACAGCCACAUACCUUUCAUCAGCGCUUGAUAUUUCCCACGUUGUCAAAGUUAAAGUAUUCGACGUUGCAAAGUACAGCUUUGCCUUAGGGAUAAUGAGCUGCCUUUAACCAUGUCUGACUAACUGCUUCAACUUUACACCAAGGGUUAGCGGUUGUAUUGAGUCUCAUGGUGCUGAACUGAGAUUUAUAAAACUUGUAGUUAAUACUAAAGAACAAUCUUAGAUUUGAUCGAACAUUAUUAAUCUUAUCAGAUAAGUACCUUUUAAUAACAAGGAUUAAUUUUUAUCUAAUGAUUGUAAUAUUUCCUGGUAAUGAUCAUGUAAUAUCAAUUUCAUCGAAAACCAACCCGAAAAAUACAAAUAGGAAGGCAAAAAUCCAAAUGAAAAACAGUAGGUGUUAGCUGAUCACAUUUCAGUUUUCUUAGACAGUAAACUGCUCUGUAUUGCCAGCUGAAUGAUGAAAAGUAAGCAUACAGAGACUUGUAAAUAGCUUUAAGAUGAAAGUGAAAAUGUGUUUUUAACCUUGAAUAAACCUGUAAAAUUUCUCUGAAUAUUUUAUAAUUUUUUUAACAGUGUACAAAUGACUGAAACGGAAAACAAAAACAUGAGUAUGUACAGGAUAUUUGUAUCAAAACUGAUGUGCCACUGGUUUAGGAUGUGAAGGUGGAUUGAUUAAUGUUUUAUUAUGAGAUCGAGAUGAUUAGUUGAUGCAUUUUGAGACCAUGUGUAUGGUUGUGCAUAUCUUGGAGACUUUCAUUUGAAAACGUGUUGUCUGAUGACAUGUACUAUUAACUCUGACAGCAAAAUAUAAGGACGGGAUACUUGGUAAAAUCAAUUUUAGAUAACACAAAAAUAUAGCAUAUAGAACAUCUUGCUAAUCAGUUUGCUUUCAAUAUUUUUUGUUAAAAAGUUGUUUUUGCUUAAAGAUAUUAUGAACAGACCAUAAGAGAAACAUGUUAGACUAUUGUUUGCAUUUCAAUUUAUUCAAGUCUCUGUCACUUGAUAGAAUUGUAAAAUCUCCAACCAUAUCAAACCUCUAUGUUUGCGUUAUGUAGGUAUGUGUUUUGUGGAGUGAAGAACAUGAAAAUAUGUGCCAAAUUAAAGGACAGUUUGUAUUUAGGCCGGAAAACAAUUGAUUAAGGUUUAAACAAUUGUUAAAAAUGAACUAAUGUUUUUUCAGAAUGUAAUUAUUUGUCAUGUGACAAAGUGUAUGUUUUCAGAGGUUUGACUGUUCUUCAUUGUUGAAAUCUCGACUGAAUUUUUUUUUUAUGUGGGUAUAAAACAUCUCAAAAGUUCUCAAACUACCAUCCAAAUGCAAGGUAAAUUCAUUGAGACUGUUUGUCAGCUUGGUGUUUGCUGAAAAGUCUUUAUCCUUCACAUUUUUAAUCCUUUGUCUGUGGCUGGGAUCUGUGUUGACCUGAGUCAUCCUCUAAUGGGUACGACGUCGCAGCAUGAAAGAACAGAAGAGAAUCCUGCUGUAAAAAUAUAUGUGUUGAAGUAUAGAAAUGUAAAACAGUUUUUGACAUCUGACUGUUUGGACGGCUUGAAUGUUUGCUGAAAACAUUGUAAUGUCACAAGGAUUAAUCACAGCCAAUGUUGUCACCAUUUUUGUCAUAAAAAAAAUUAUGCACGGCUCAGUUGAAAGUGGUUUAAGUCCUGGACUGGAAAGAUUGUUUUUGAGAAAAGAUUGCAUUAAAAAAAUGAAAUAUUGUAAA